AAUAUUCUCUUUCCACGUGGUGCCGGCUACUCGCCACAACAUCGCCAAGAUGAGUAUUGUAAGAUUGAAUGAUGACUGUCUGCUAAAAAUUAUAGAGUAUCUGGAUUUUGAUGAUCAGUUGGAGCUGUGGCAGGCAACUGACGACACAACCCGCUUAUGUUUGGCAGUGGCCUACUCCUGGCACCGCAUGCCCCAAACUUGCCUGUAUAGGGAGACCUUCGAGGGCAGACUACAUGCCCUGGAUGGCUUUCUGGAAAGCAUGAAGGGCACAAUGAAGCAUCUGACGAUCACCUACCUACCCGGGGAUCAGAUGGAGCGAUUUAGCAAGCUCGUGUUCCCAAAUAUGCGGGUUCUGGAUUAUAUGGCAGAUGAGACCGAUGACUGGGACGAAGACUCGGAUAUUAAGAUAAUCGUGAACUGUUUUCCCCAUCUGGAGUCGCUCAAAUUGACUGGCAUGAGCAAAGGCAACGACAUCUACCAAAUGAGGAACAUUCGGCACUUGGACAUAGCUCAAUGCUGGAACCUGAGCGUCGCAUGCAUUGAGAACGUUUGCGAGCAUCUACGCCUGCGGGUGCUGUGCGUCCAGUGGCGCCGUUCGGAGGAGAAGGCAUAUGUGGGGGCCAUUAGCAAACUGAAUGAACUGGAGGAGCUGGAGGUGGAGGUGGUCCAGCAGGAAUCGAUUCCCCAGUUGAUGCGUCUGCCCAAGCUGCGGAAGCUUCGCAUCAUUACCAAUCACGAAUGCGAACUGGUCAGGGAUAUCGCGGUGUUGCGUGGAAAGGACAUUAUUUCCGCAUCGUUCAAUGACAGCAUUUGGCUGUGGACCACCAAAACCUGGACGCCGUGUCGAAACCUGCGGAAUCUGACUAUCAUCAAUGAUGAGGGCUGCAGCUGGGUGAAAUUCAGAAGAGUUAUCCUGUGCUUCCCGCUUUUGGAGCAAGUGCAUUUAGAGAAUUCGCGUAUUUUUGACACAGCCGACGAGCUGUGGGACCUGGUGUCCAUUUGUCCUCAUCUGAAACGACUGGCUAUGUCCCACUGCAUCCUAUACAAUGUAUUUUUCAAGUUCGACGCCGCUAGAAUGGGUGCAGUCUUGGACAAGCGAACGCAGCCCCUGCUGCUGCAAUGCUUUAAAACCAGCGCUGACGAUUUGGUUCUUCAGCUUUUCAAACAUCCCAAAUUGAAGAUUUUCUUUGAGGCUUUGGAAUAUAGUCCUGUAGCUCCCGAAGCCAUCGAGCUAGAGUUCCUGCCUCUGGAGGCGUGAAUAGGAUAAGUAUUAUUUGUGGAUUUCGUUCAACUACUUUUGUAAUUUACGUUAUGGUAAUGUCUUUGGUAGAUUCCGAUCUCUUUCAUGUACAUAAACCACUUAACUUUUAAUUUAACCACUAAGAAAGUGUAUAAAAUGAACUGAAAAUUAUGA